AUGAGUGCAUCUCUGAAUUACAAGUCUUUUUCCAAAGAGCAACAGACCAUGGAUAACUUGGAGAAGCAACUUAUCUGUCCCAUCUGCCUGGAGAUGUUCACGAAGCCCGUGGUCAUUCUCCCCUGUCAGCACAACCUGUGCCGGAAGUGUGCCAGCGACAUUUUCCAGGCCUCUAACCCGUAUUUGCCGACAAGAGGAGGUACCACGGUGGCAUCAGGGGGCCGAUUCCGAUGCCCCUCCUGUAGACACGAAGUGGUUCUGGACAGACACGGGGUCUAUGGACUUCAGAGGAACCUGCUGGUAGAAAACAUCAUCGACAUCUAUAAGCAGGAGUCCACCAGGCCAGAAAAGAAGUCUGACCAGCCCAUGUGCGAAGAACAUGAAGAGGAGCGCAUCAACAUCUACUGUCUGAACUGUGAAGUGCCCACCUGCUCCCUCUGCAAGGUGUUUGGUGCACACAAGGAUUGCCAGGUGGCACCCCUCACUCACGUGUUCCAGAGGCAGAAGUCAGAGCUCAGUGAUGGCAUCGCUGUUCUUGUGGGGAGCAAUGAUCGAGUCCAAGGGGUGAUCAGCCAGCUGGAGGACACCUGUAAAACCAUUGAGGAAUGCUGCAGAAAACAGAAGCAGGACCUUUGUGAGAAAUUUGAUUACCUGUAUGGCAUCCUGGAGGAGAGGAAGAAUGAAAUGACCCAGGCCAUCACCCGAACCCAAGAGGAGAAACUUGAACAUGUCCGAGCUCUGAUCAAAAAAUAUUCCGAUCAUUUGGAGAACGUAUCAAAGUUGGUCGAGUCAGGAAUCCAGUUCAUGGAUGAGCCAGAAAUGGCGGUGUUUCUGCAGAAUGCCAAAACCCUGUUACAAAAAAUCUCAGAAGCAUCAAAGGCAUUUCAGAUGGAGAAAAUAGAACAUGGUUAUGAGAACAUGAGCCACUUCACAGUCAACCUCCAUAGAGAAGAAAAAAUAAUACGUGAGAUUGAUUUCUACAGAGAAGAUGAAGACGAGGAAGAAGGAGGAGGAGAAGGAGAAGAAGAAGAAGGAGAGGAAGCAGUAGAAGUGGAAGAGGUGGAAAAUAUUCAAAUAGAGUCAUCAGGAGAAGAUGAAAGUCCUGCAAACGCCUCGGAGACCUCUCAGCUGGCCUCAGAGCUCCAGGCUGUCCCCGGGGCACUUCCAGUUUCCUCUUCAGAGCCACCUCCAACCCUGCCACCUGCUGUGGAUGCCCCAGUGACACAGGGGGAGGUUGUGCCCACUGGCUCUCAGCAGACCACAGAGUCUGAAACUCCAGUUCCUGCAGCAGCGGAAACUGCGGAUCCCUUGUUUUACCCUAGUUGGUAUAAAGGCCAAACCCGGAAAGCCACCACCAACCCACCUUGCACCCCAGGGAGCAAAAGUCUGGGGCACAUAGGGCCUCCAAGUUCUGAGGAGUCAAAUGUACAGAAGGCAGAAGUGACAGAAGCCGUAGCCAAUGAGAGGGCAGCAGUGAGUGGUAAGGAAACUAGUUCACCUGCAGCUACUUCUCAGAUUGGAUUUGAGGCCUCUCCCCUCCAAGGACAGGCUGCAGCUUCAGAGAGUGGGAGUGGAGCUGAUUCUGAGCCAGCUCGCCACGUCUUCUCCUUCUCCUGGUUGAACUCCCUGAAUGAAUGAUGUUCAUUCCAACUGCUGCACUUCUGUCUGCCUGAAUGAGAUGCACACAGGCAGCAGGGAACCUAGAUGAAAUUAACACGAUACAGAUGAUGAAUGGGACCUCUCGACAGGAUUUUUAAAAGAAAGAAAAAAAAACCACUUUAAUUCCAGAUGACUUAUCUAACACAUUGAAGAAAAAAAAUACUUUCAGAAAAUAGAUGCAGAAAGCACUGGAGAAAAGAAACUUGAUCUUAUGCAAGUCUUUUAUUGUGUGGGAAACAUGAGGGGUGUGUAGGUGUGGUACAUGUGGGUGCGUCAGUUACAAGUAGCAAGUGUUGAAAAAUGUGGGCACUACACUCUCGUCUCUAAUAGGCACCAGCUUUUUGUUAUUAGAUCAUAGUGGCUCUCAUUUCCUUUUCUCUUUAACAAUGCAGGUGGUCAGUGAAAUUCAGUGUCAAUUCAGAAAUGCCUGAUUUAUCAAUAUACAGACAAAUGGUAAAUCAUUGACCAAAGCUAUGAAAAUGUUGUGCAAAGUUUUCCUCUUUUCCAUAAUAAAUGUCACUGGAUGUGUAUCCAGAAAUGUUCUUUGAAUUUGAUGGCACUUUUAUAGUCCAGAAGGCUGAAGGCCAAGGACAUCUCUUGUGACAUUUUUCUAAUCUUAGUUUUAGACACUUAUAUACUAGGUACUUUAAUUGAAAAAGACUUUCUAGCAGAAACCAGUUUCUCAUACAUCUCUGUGGCACCAAUCUGGUAAAUUGUAGAACAACUGCACGUAUAAAUAUAUAUGUGUGUGUCUGUGUAUAUACAUAUAUAUCAUGCUUUAUUUGUCCCACCAUAAUACUUCUUUCAGAACAUAAGUGUAACUUUACUCUGUAUGAACUGUUAAAUAAAUACUGUUUUUAAAAAGUUA